AUGUCAUCAUCAUCACUUAAACCAUUAGAAGAUCAAAUUGCAGGACACACUGAAGAGGAUGGAGGAAGUGAAAAUAUCCCAAGAUUUUUAAAAUCUGAUGAAGGGUAUGUAUUUAAACCAGUACCAACAACAAGAGGUGGUAAAGAAUUAGAAUUUUAUAAAUCAUUAGAUAAAUAUGAUAAAACUUUAGUUGAAUUCUUACCAAAAUAUAUUAGAACUGAAAUUGUAAACAAUAUUCCAUAUAUGGGUAUUGAAGAUUUAACAUAUGGAUAUUUAGAAGAUUUUGCAAAUGUUGCAGAUAUUAAAAUGGGUACAAGAACUUAUGAUAAUAGUGCAACUGAAGAAAAGAUUAAAGCAGAAGAACAUAAAUCAAGUAAAACUACAACCAAAUCAUUGGGUAUUAGAUUUUGUGGUGCAAAACUUGUGCAUCCAAAUACUGGUGAAAAAACUAAACUUUCAAAAGUUUGGGGUAAACAAUUGAAACAUGAUAGAAUCUAUGAAGAUGGUAUUAAAAGAUUCUUUUGGCAUCCAGAUAGAUCGGUAAAAGAGAAUCAAUUAAUAGUUAAAUCAUUUCUAAAUAAAUUGGAAAGAUUAUUAACUUUUUUCGAAAAUAAUCAACAAUUUGCAUUCUAUAGUAGUUCUUUAUUAUUUGUUUAUGGUCCAACCGAUUCAAAUAAAUCGAAAUUACGUGACACUAUAACUUUGGUUUCUGAUGACUCAAAUAUUGGUAUCAGUUUGAAAAUGAUUGAUUUCGCUCAUGUAGAUCCAUUAACUCCACCAACAAAAGAUGAAAGUUAUAUUUUUGGUUUAAAAAAUUUAAUUUCAUUUUUUAAUCAAUUAUUAUCUGAAAAUUAA